AUGCUCGUCAAGGGCGUCCCGAACCUCGCGGUGGUCGAGACCGUGGACACGCCGAAGCUGGCCAACCGGCUGUCCAACGCCGUGGCCGACCUGGGCCGCGCGCCGCUGGGCGUCAUGGUCCAGGUCAACACGAGCGGGGAGGAGAGCAAGUUCGGCGUCGACCCGGGCGCGCCCGUGGUGGACCUGUGCCGGCACAUCUCGGCGGAGUGUCCGGGCCUGCGCCUGUGCGGGCUGAUGACCAUCGGGAUGCCGGACUACACGUCGCGGCCGGAGAACUUCACGUGCCUCAUCAACUGCCGCGCGGAGGUGGAGAAGGCGCUCGGGCUCGCGGAGGGGUCGCUGGAGCUGUCCAUGGGGAUGUCGGGGGACUUUGAGCAGGCGACGGAGAUGGGCGCGACCAGCGUGCGGGUGGGGUCGACGAUCUUCGGGGCGCGCGACUACAGCAAGAAGUGA